AUGGACGCUUUCCAAAGCAUACUCGACGUCCUGAGCGCGGCGCUUGACGAGCCGGUCGACGCUCCCCUGACCGCCGUCGCACAACAUCCUGACGCGGACGCGGUUUUCGACACACCAACCGACUUCGAGAGGGUGGGGACCGGCGGUACUGCGACCGCCUUCUGCGUUGUCGCAUGA